AUGGAAUACGAAUUCCAACAACUGCAAAAUUUAAGAAUCGGAGAAGAUGCAUUCAGAUGCUACACUUUCCCAGAACGAGAUCCAGCCGAAAUAGCCAAACUAAUAAGCCGUCCUUCACGGCCAAUUACGCAAAUUAGUCAUAAAUAUGCUAACAAACCUGUUAGAACCAUCCAUCCUACAAGACAUAAUGAUUUAUACAUCACUGAUUAA